CAUUACAGUGCACCACAUAACCGUCGUCAAGAUGACUGCCCCAAGCAUCUGUAGUGACACAACAGAAGCAGUGGACUUGUUUGAACCUCAGGGACUCUACCUCAAACCCAUUGCAAGGAUAAAUGUCAGUGUACAACUGCCUCAGCUUAAGUCACCAGGAAAGUCUAUAUCGAACUGGGAAGUAAUGGAAAAGGUCAAAGGUAUGGUUAAACCUCACCAGUUCGUCACCCUUAAGGUAGCCAAAAGCACCUUGGAUUUCAUUCGUUUUGAAGGAGAAACGGAAAACAAGGCCCUCAUUAAAACUCUAAUUGAUAGGCUUGAUGGGAAGACUAUUAAACUGGUGGGCUUCCCAGAUCAACUCAAGGUCCGUGCGGCAGAGGCGAAACUGAAUUUUCCGUCCAGGCAUGAUUGGGACUCCUUUUUCCGCGAUGCCAAAAACAUGAACGAAAUGAAAUUUGGAGAGAGACCUGACACGAUUCAUUUUAAGGAACUGCCAUGUAGGUGGUUCGCUAAUAAGAAAGACGAGAAUAAGGACAAACCCAGUGAGUAUAUUCUCAAGAAAGUGAUGGAGACUUUUGGGGAGGUCCGUUGUGUUGAUAUACCCAUGUUGGACCCCUAUCGCAGGGAAAUGUCCAACAAAGCAGGCAUACAGACUUUUUCCUUCGGGCAGGAUAUCACAUUUGAAGCCUUUGUACAGUAUAAGGAGUAUAUUGGAUUUGUAAAAGCCAUGACAGCCUUCAGAGGAAUGAAGUUAUUGUACAAAGAAGGGGAUGGAAAAGCUUACACUGCCAAUUCUAAGAUUGAUUUUGACAGGACCAAACACUUAACGGACAAAAACAUAAGGAAAAGAAGGAUAGAAAGAGACAAGUUAGAACAGUUAGAAAGAGAAAGAGAAGAAAAAGUUAGAAAAGAACGAGAGGAAGAAGAACGAAAAAAAGAAGAAGAAAG